UUUGCUCACAAACUCAGGAUCUUUUUGUUGUUUCACACAUGAUGCAGGUUUCCACGUCUCUUCCUCUUCUUCUUCUUUCCCUCACCCUCCUGCUCCUUCAUCCCGUCUCCACAGUACAUGGUGGCCAUGUUCUGGCAUUUCCGGGAGAGUUCAGCCAUUGGUUGAACAUGCGGAACAUCAUAGAGGAGCUGGUGAAGAGGAAUCAUUCGGUCACCAUCUUAGUGCCCGAUGCAUCGCCGUCUGUCAACUACAACAACAGCCGUGACACCGCCAAGUUCAACUUCCUGGUCUUCAAGGUGUCAUAUAGCAGGGAGGAAUAUGUGGGCACCAUGCACGAAUUCAUCCAGUUCUCUAUGUACGAGUCACACACCUCUUCACCGCUGCAAAAGAUCAUGAAGAUGAACCAUUUCAUGGGCCGCACCCUGGACUUUGGGAGGCAGCAGUGUGAUGGGGUGCUGAAGAACCAGCAGCUAAUGGCGACUCUGCAGGACAGUGCUUUCGAUGUUAUCCUACAAGACCCCCUUGCAAUGUGUGGCGACCUGGUGGCUGACAUGCUCGGCGUGCCACUCAUCCUCUCGCUGCGCUUCAGCUUUGGCAGUGUUAUGGAGCGACACUGUGGCCACGCCCCGUUGCCACCAUCUUAUGUUCCAUUAGCUCCUCUUCCAUACAACGACCGCAUGACGUUCGUGGAGAGACUGAUCAACAUGGUGACAUAUGUGGCAUCAUCCACGCUAACUGAACUUGCCUGGAAGCUGUCUGUGAAUAAAUACUAUAGUGAGAUCAAAGGUCACCCAAAGACAAAGGCAUUCGUGACACAUGGCGGCACUAACGGUCUGUAUGAAGCUGUGUUUCAUGGUGUGCCUCUGGUGGGCGUGCCACUGUUUGGCGAUCAGCCUGAUAAUCUCGCCCGUAUGAGCCGCCUCGGCACCGCCAUCGUCCUGGACUUCAACCAUCUGACAGCUGAGGGGCUGGCAGAGGCGCUGCACGUCGUUACAAACCAGCCAAGCUACAGGACCAACAUGCAGCGUCUGUCAGCGGUGCACCGCGACCAGCCAGUGACACCACUGAGUACCGCCGUCUUCUGGGUGGAGUUUGUUAUGCGACAUGGUGGAGCUAGGCAUCUGCGGUUGGCAUCAUACGACCUGAACUGGUUCCAGUACCACAGCUUGGACACCGGUGCUGCCCUGCUGGUCGCUUUGAUGACCGUCGCUGCUUUGUGGUGGGUGGGGAUACGCUGCAUCCUGCGGCAGUGCAGACAGCGAGCAGGAAGAGAGAAGAAGGACUGAAGAGAGAUUUGACAUUUUUGGAGUAAUAUAUAAAUAGGUUUGGAGGUUUUAACCAUCCAAAAGAACAAAUGCAGACAUACUCCACAGUUUGGUUCUUCUUUCAUUUUAAGAACACAUGACUGCACUGUAUUCUCUGCUUCAGAGGAGAUGUCCUCAAAUGCAGCUUCUCUAUUAUAUUUUCUAAUAAACCAA